AUGUCAAACAUUACCCCCGAGUCUUUGGUGUCGUAUUGGGACUACGAAGAUGGAAACGAUAUUAUCACAGCUGAUUCGUUUGACAGCGACUCGGCAUACGAGGAUGGCGGGCCAGUCGAAGAUUUGACGCUUCUUUCCCAUGAGAGAGAAAACGUAUGCAAGUAUGAGAAUGGGAGAAGAUAUCAUAGGUAUCAUGAAGGACCAAGAGCUCGAACGAAUGGAACUACAUCAUCACAUCUCGACCCUGGCCUUUGGAGGUUUGAAGUCGACGACUGUGAGCAUGACUGGCUUUACAAAAAAGAUUAUUUUGAACUUGUACACAUCCGGUAUCUCAGUGGGUCGAUACGUGAUUGGGACCGUUUAUUCCAGCAGGCAUACCGACAUACACGCCCCGGGGGCUGGAUCGAACUACAAGAAUCUGACAUCGAGCUCUACUGCGAUGACAACACGCUUCCGCCUGACAGCAUUCUUCUGGAGUGGUUCGUCCUGAUGAACAAAGCCGCCACCGCCAGCGAGAGGCCCUUCAUAAAAACGCAACUCUUCAAGUCUUGGCUUGAGCGCGCAUGCUACGUAGAUGUGAAGGAUAAGCUAUUCAAAGUACCAAUCAAUCAGUGGCCGAAAGACAAGAAGAUGAAGGAAAUUGGCCGCUAUGAGACAUUGAAUGUUGCUGAAGGGCUCGAGGGCUGGAGUAUGGCAUUGUUUACGAGGGUAUUGGGAUGGGAAAAGGACGAUGUUCUCGUAUAUUUAGAAAAAAUAAAAAAGGAGUUUAGGAAUAGGAAGGUGCAUGCGUAUUGGUCGUUAAGAGUUACCUACGGGCAAAAACCUAUGGACAGUAGUACCUAA